AUGCUCACCCGGGUAAUCAAGCUGUCCAAGUGGGGAUGGGAUGAUGCUAGCAUAAUAGUGGCUUUUCUGGCUACCAUCGGUGUCAUCACAGGCCGCCAACUACAGAUACACGCGGGUAUGGGUAGAGAUAUCUGGACCCUCACGCCCGACGAGAUCACCCACUACAUCAAGAUCUUCUACGUCUUCGGGUUCAUAUACACCAUCACCCUGGCACUGGUCAAGGCGUCGAUCUGCUUCCUCUACCUGCGGCUGUUCUCGAAUUUGAAAUUCCGCCGGAUUGUCUGGGCAACGCAGGCCUUCAAUUUCGCGCUCAUGACCACUUUCAUUUUCGCCUACGCCUUCCAGUGCACACCACCGGAUCACUUCUGGGAAAUGUGGCAUGGUGAAAAACAGGGCACGUGUCUGAGUUUCAGCGUGCUGUCCUGGACACAUUCGGGACUCGGGAUCGUGCUUGACCUUUGGAUGCUUGGAUUGCCGUUCUGGCAGGUACUCAAGCUGAACCUACCACUCAGGAAGAGGCUGGAUGCCUUCGUGAUGUUCGGAUGUGGGAUAUUUUUGACAAUAGUCAGCAUCUUACGCCUCCAGUGCCUGGUUGUUCUUACCAAGGGCCAUAACCCUACGAAGGACCUGACCUGGCUAGCAACAUGGUCCAACGUCGAGAUCACAGUGGGCAUCAUCAUCGCCUGCCUCCCAGCCGCACGGCUCCUCAUCCUCCGUUACCUACCGAGCAAGAUCGCAGUGUGGAACGCCGCCUCGCGCACGACCCGCUCCAGCCUCCCAACGCGGAGCUCAAAGGGCGGGUCCACCGCGACGUGGGUGAGCGGCCUCAGCGGCAAGAGGGAGAGCAACGGGCAGCCCCCCUCGGUGCCGCUGUCGAACGCCUCACACUUCGAUAAAGACCGCGCGUGCUCCACGCAGGUCUCAGUCACCGGGCCUGGGGCAUCGAAUGCCGUGCAACCCCCGGGGGCGGGCUCAAGCGCCGCGUCCGGGCUCGGGCGGAGGGACUCAGAGGUCCCGCUCGUCCCCGGGUUUGAGUCUUCCCAGCCCGCUCCGGCUGGGCAGUCAUCAGCUCUCGAUGAGACCCCUCCGGUUCCGACGCCGUUGCCGAAGGACAGGCGUAUCUGGGUGGAACAGCACAUAUAUGUAUCGAACGAGCCUGUGGCGGGGUUCUCGACGGAGAUAUCUCGUGGGGACGAUGCGGAUUCAGCAACAGAGCCCUGGAUCUUAAAGCCUCGUACAGCUGAGGAUACAUGA